AGUUACCGAGUUAGUAAUAACGACAUGGGUUGCAUCUCCUCGUGCAUUAAGAAAAAGCGAAACAAAGUUGGCGUGGAGCCGCAGAAAAAGAGAAGGACCUCAUCCCUCUCUUUGAUUUCACCUGACCAUUGUGAAAGAAAUGCCUCCACUACCUCCGUCCAACACUCUUCCCCCCAUCCACCUCCAUCCCCUGUUAAAUGUUCCACUCAGUCUGGUGCUGAACCCCCCUCUCUCCCCGCGGGGUCACCUCCCAGGAACACUACCCCAGUAAAUGCCUCUACAGUGGUCUCCCAACCUGGUUGUCUCACUCCUCCAAACCCACUGGACCGUCAUGGAGAGACCAGCCCUGAGGAAACAACAGUCAUCACCACUGAGGCCAGAGAGACACUGGCAGCGCCGACAGAACUGCCGAAGACACCUAGCAUGGCCGCCGUCCAUGUGCCGUCUAUGAGUCCCAGAUGUGCAACAGUCUCCUCAGAAAGUCCACUGCUUCUUCUAGACCACUUUAGCCCAAAGCCCCAGGGCCCAGUCUCAGCCACCAAGGGCCAGAUUUUCUCCAGAACCCGCUCAAACACACAGCUGAAUCUGGGAAAAAAGAUCCGGCGCGACAGAGGAGAAUCCAGGGACCUCAUCAACCUGGAACUGCUUGGGUUGCCCAACAUUGGCAACUCCUGCUUCCUCAAUGCGACGCUGCAGUGCCUUCUGUUCCUACCGCUGUUCUUCAAGGAAAUCCUCCGCCAGGAAAAUCUCUGGAGAUUGUCCCCGACUUCUAACCUGCUCAGUUGUCUGUCAGAGGUGCAUCAGUCUUGUCAACAUGGCAGUGGCACCAACCAGGCCUCAAAAUGGGAAAUCCUGAUGAAGGUUAAGUACUCGUUGCUUGAACAGGAUAUGAAGUACAUGGAGGACAGUCAGCAGGACGCACACGAGUUACUUCUUAACAUGCUGUGCCAACUGACGGCGGAGGGCAGGAUCCUGGCAGAGCUCAGCGUGGGCUACAUAUGCCCUGUUUCACAGCUGGAGUUCAUGACAGCAUCAGGUGUCACCUGUAACAGCUGCGGGAGGAAGUCGUCCACCAAGCAGGAGUACAACCACCUCUCCCUGGACAUCAGCCCUGAACGUACCCUGCAGGGCAGCCUGGCACUUUAUUUCAAGAAAUACAUGGUGGACUUCAGAUGUCAUGUCUGCAAAGGCCUCCAGGCCUCAAAGAUGGAGCAGUUUCAAACCCUGCCUCGUGUGCUGGUCCUGCACUUGAAGAGGUUUGGGGGAUAUUCAGGUCUGGAGAAACUGGAGACGCCUAUUUCGAUUCCUCCAAACCUGAGACUCUCUGAGCUCUGUGGGGACACGGUGCCUCCCCUGCACAAUAUCAUCCCAGAGGAUGCGACUGAUCACGCCAUCAGCCUUCCUGGACAGGACAGAGACAGCAUCCUCUUCUGUUCAGAUUCAAAUGACCAAGGACCAGGGAAAGUGUGGCAAAAGUUCUCAGUGGAGGAGCCUGUGAAGACUUUUUGUGACUAUCAGCUGACUGGCAUAGUCUCCCAUUUAGGAGGCAGCAUGAUGUCUGGCCACUACGUUAGUGAUGUCCUGGGAGCCAGUGGACAAUGGCUCUGUUGUAAUGACAGCCAGGUGUCGGUGUCCUCUGAAGCCUCUGUGCUGAGGUCCAGAGCCCGGAGUUCAUACCUGCUCUUCUACACCUACAGGACAGGGAAGCAGAAGGCCCCAUCUUACAGGGCCUAACGGGUCCCACUAUCAAGUUUCUAACCAUCAAGGCCCAACUUUACCAAACACUCCCAUGAACAAUGGCUAGACAAUGAAUCCACUUACUUCUCCCAGUGUGCUGGUCCUGCACUUGAAGAGAUUUGGGGGACCUUCAGGUCUGGAGAAGCUGGAGAUGCCUCUUUCGGUUCCUCCAAAACUGAGAUUCUCCGAUGCCACCCCUGCACAAUGUCAUCCCAGAGGACCCGACUGAACAUGCCAUCAGCCCUCCUGGACAGGACAGAGACAUCGCCCUCUGCCUUUCAGAUUCACAUGACCAAGAACCGGGAAUGUGUGGCAAACAUUCUCUAUCUCCUCACAACUGAAUGGAAAGAGACAGGAGAGAGACAAGCAGAAAAACAAUGGAAAUGUCAUGACAGCCCACAGAUGAUUUAACAGGGCUAAUGGGAAUAUAGCGUGACUUUACACAGUAGGGGGUUCCUGGGAAAUAAUCAGACUGAGCAGAUAAGAAUGUCAUGUGUUUCCUGCCAGGAGGAGCCUGUGAAGACUUCCAGUGACUAUCAGCUGACUGGCAUAGUCUCCCAUUUAGGAGGCAGCAUGAUGUCUGGCCACUACGUUAGUGAGUUCAUA